AUGUCAAUCUCGGCAGAAGUGCAGGGCAUUCUCGCCGUCUUUGCCUGUGGAUUGUUCUUCACGCUGAACCUGAUGCUGUGCAAGUUGCUCCAGGGUUGGGACUGGCCUUACUUCUUCUUGGCUGGCCUCUGCUCGCUGCUGAUUGUGUUGGGUCUCAACGCCUUGAUGAUAACGCAGCAGGGUAUGGCUGCUUACGACUGCCAGCGGAAGGAGCUCAAGUGGGUCUUUCUGAGAGGUUUCUUUGGCUCCGGCAACAAUGUCCUGGGCGUUUGUGCUGCGCUUUCGGGUGCCCCGAUGGGCAGCAUUGGUGCGCUGUCCAGCGUCAACACGGUGGUGGCCGCCCUUCUUGGGAGAGCUGUGCUUGGAGAGCCCCUGGGCAAGUUGCACGUCCUGGCCGUGCUGUUCUCCGUGGCAGGUGCGGUGCUGAUCUCGGACCCCGUGGCUACAGUCAGUGCAGGCGCUUCCAGUGGAGCUGCAGCCUACUUGGGCUACGCUCUGGCCUUACUGGCAGGGAUCUCGCUCGGCUUCAUGUUCAUCAGCACGCGAAAAUCUGCAUCCGCGUCUUCCAUGUUGCUUACCACUUCAGCAAUGGUGCAGCGCUGGGUGAUUUGCUGGAUUCUGGCUUUCGUCCCGAGCGUCAGGGAUGGCCACUUCCAGAUGCUGGCUGACUCCCCUGCUCUCGCCCUGCUGAUCUUUAUCAGCCUGCUCUUUGUCUUGCUUGUAUGCAAUCUACUGUCGAGCGCUGGGUCCAAACUCUGUCCGGCCGCCAUCAGCGCAACCGUGAUGACGGCGACCAACAUGAGCACCGGCUACCUGGUGGACGUUCUUCUGUUCCACAAGAUCCCAAACUUGUGGACCAUCUGUGGAGCCCUGAUGAUGCUUCUGGCUGUGGUGACAGUGGCUCUUGCAAGGUUGCCGCCGCGCAGCGUGCAAACGGCGCAAAUGCCUGCCGAUCAGACAACCAGAUCAACGCAUUCCAGGGCCUCCCAACAGAGCCUGGUGAGCUUCAUUGCAUCCGAGUUUGCAGAACGACAGGUCUCCACUCUCAGUGGCCAGGCCAUUCGACAGCGAGCAGUCCCACCUGCUAGCGUUCCAGCAGCGAUGCAGCUGGGUGCUGUGUCUGCAUGA